AGCCGAACAGGAAAUGCAAAAGGUCAGGUUACGCAUGGCAGUGGGUUCCAGGUGCUCAUAAAACCAUCGUUCCUCAGGAGUGAACACACACAGUUUCCACAAGAUGAAGGUCUUCCAGAGCACGCUCCUUGGGGUGCUCUUGGCUCUGUCCCUCACAGGUGCUCAGGAGGUUAAACAACCCCCUGCAAAAGAAUGCAAGACCCGUUGGUUUGACCGCGACAAUCCUUCCGGGACUGGGGACUACGAACUCCUGUCCCAGUUCUGGGAUGAAAAUCCCCACAUCAUCUGCCCCCAGCCACUUGCCAUUGAGGUCCAGACAGUGGACGGGAUUCCGGCAUCUGAGACUGGGCAGAAGUUUUCUGUGAAUGAUGCCACCAGUGGCUUUGCUUGUAUCAAUGCCCAGCAAGAAAAGGGCAAGUCAUGCCGUGACUAUCAAGUGCGCUUCAUUUGCCCGGAAGCCUACUGUCCUACUGCCUCCAGCUCUCCAGCAACAUUGACACCAGAGACUUUACCUCCUGCUCAGACCUUUCACCCUGAACCAGAGCCAACCCCCAGUGCUGAGGGUCAGAAGGGAGUCCCCAGUCCCCAGGCUCCACUGGGACCAGAGACGACUUUACCUCCAGUCCAGACACCUCAGCCUGGACCAGAACAAACCACCAGUGCUGAGAGUCAGAAAGGAGCCCCCACUCCCCAGGCUCCAUUGAGACCGGAGACAACUUUACCUCCAGUCCAGACACCUCACCUUGGACCAGAACAAACCACCAUUCUGAAGGGAGAGCCUACUCCCCAGGUUCCAUUAAGACCAGAAACAACAUUCCCUCCAGCCCAGACACCACACCUUGGACCAGAAGAAACCACCAUUCUGAAGGGAGCUCCCACUCCACAGGUUCCAUUGAGACCAGAGACAACUUUACCUCCAGCCCAGACACCUCACCCUGGACCAGAACAAACCACCAUUCUGAAGGGAGAACCCACUCCCCAGGUUCCAUUGAGACCGGAGACAACUUUACCUCCAGUUCAGACGCCUCACCCUGGACCAGAAGAAACCACCAUUCUGAAGGGAGAGCCCACUCCCCAGGUUCCAUUAAGACCAGAAACAACAUUCCCUCCAGCCCAGACACCUCACCUUGGACCAGAACAAACCACCAGUGCCGAAGGUCAGAAAGGAGCUCCCACUGCCCAAGCUCAAUUGGGACCAGAGACAACUUUUCCUCCAGCUCAGACACCUCAACCUGGACCAGAAGAAACCACCAGUGCUGAGAGUCAAAAGGGAGUUUGCAAUACACGCUGGUUUGACGAAGAUGAUCCUUCCGGAACUGGGGACUACGAAUUCUUCUUUGACAUCUUGGACAAGUAUCCCAAUGACAUUUGCUCUGAACCAACAGCUAUAGAGGUCCAGACAUUGGAUGGGACCCCAGCUUCUGAGACUGGACAGAUAUUUACUACGAAUGAUGCUCGCACUGGCUUUUCCUGCAUCCAUGCCUCCCAGGGAAAAGGCGAGCGCUGUCAUGACUACCAGGUGCGAUUUAGCUGCCCACUGUCUUUCUGCUCUGGUGGUGAGAUCCCAUCCACCCCGGGACCAGAACCUGUUACACCUCCUGCCCCAACUCCCACCUUGAAACAAGUUGAAAGCAGUCCAGAAAUCCCAGUGAAAGGUGGUGAAAUCCUAUCCACACCAGGUCCAGAGCCAGUAACAUCUCCUGCCCCAACUCCAACCUUGGAAGAAAUUAAAGGCAGUCCAAAAAUCCCAGUAAAAGAGUCUCCUUCCACUUGCAAGACCCGCUGGUUUAACGAAGACAAUCCUUCGGGUGAUGGGGACCAGGAACUCCUUUUUAACCUCAUUCAGAUGCACCCUCAGGAGAUAUGCAGAAUGCCACUCGCGAUCGAGGUCCAGACUGUGGAUGGGAUCCCAGCUUUGAAGGCUGGGCAACCGAUUGCUGUGCAUGAUGUCAUCACUGGCUUUUCCUGCAUCAAUGCUGAACAAGUGAAAGGGCAACUCUGCUACGACUACCGGGUACGGUUCACCUGUUCAGCACCCUUUUGCUCCAGUGAGAUCCCUCCCACCUCGGGACCAGAGCCUGUUACACCUCCUGCCCCAACUCCCACCUUGAAACAAGUUGAAAGCAGUCCAGAAAUCCCAGUGAAAGGUGGUGAAAUCCCAUCCACACCAGGUCCAGAGCCAAUAACAUCUCCUGCCCCAACUCCAACCUUGGAAGAAAUUAAAGGCAGUCCAAAAAUCCCAGUAAAAGGUGGUGAGAUCCAGUCCACACCAGCACCAGAGCCCGUUACACCUCCUGCUCCAACUCCCACCUUGGAGCAAGUGCAAAGCAGUCCAAAUAUCCCAGCAAAAGGUGACCAGAAUCAACCUGGGGCAGGAUUAGAGCCUGUUACCCUUCUAGCCCCAACUGCUGUCUCUCCAGAAGUGAAAACUGGGUCCCAAGUUCAAGAGCAAGCUUGCAAGACAAAUUGGUUUGACCGGGAUAAUCCUUCUGGGACUGGGGACUACGAACUCCUUUCUGAUAUCAUGGAUGAAAAUGAAAUUGACACAAUCUGUCUUGAUCCAAUUGCAAUUGAGGUCCAGACAGUGGAUGGGAUCCCAGCUUCCGAGACUGGGCAACAGUUUGCUGUGAAUGAUUCUACCCGCGGAUUUGCCUGCGUCAAUGCCCACCAGGGAAAAGGCGUCAUCUGCCUUGAUUAUCAGGUGCGGUUCACCUGUCCUGAUUCCUUCUGUGCAGGAAAAGGCCAGCCUGGGGUGGAAUCCACAUCUGCUGUGACUGCUGCACCUGUACUAGCAACACAGGAAACGAACCAGUUCCCCACUCAAGGCCAGGAUCAGUCUGGGCUGACGCCUGCAGCUAGCACACCUGUUGACUCUCUGCCUGUGCAGACAACGACAGCUAAUACCCCCAUUGACACUGUGCCAGUCCAAACGACUCCCCAAAGCCCUGCACCAGUUUGCAAGACAAAAUGGUUAAACAGGGACAAUCCCAGUGCAACUGGGGACUAUGAGCUGAUAUACUACCUCAAAAAGGACUAUCCAAAAGCCAUUUGCAACAAGCCAAUUGCUAUCGAGGUCCAAACUGUGGAUGGAAUCCCAGCUUCUCAGACAGGACAGAUAUUUUCCAGGAAUGAUGCAGUCAAUGGGUUCGCUUGCAUCAAUGCCCAGCAAGGAAAAAGGGGUGUCUGCCACGACUAUAAGGUCCGGUUUACCUGCCCAGACUCUUUCUGUUCAGGAAAUGCCCAAAAAGGUGUGAAGGAGGAAUCCCCAUGAGCAGUCAGCUGCAGUCUUCAGUUUCUACCCAUCUCUGGAAGAAGGUGGCGUCUUCUCAUUCAUCCUUCUUGCUGCCGGCCUAUGGCUCAUACUUAAUGCAAUAAAGUCUCAAACGCAACCCCCAA